AUGUUUAACCGCAACAACUUUUCCUCCGUGAGUCCCUUUGGCUCUGGCUCCAGCAGCCCCGCCCAACAGGGAGAUAGGACAGGCCCGCCGCGGGAGCGCUACAAUAGCCCUAACCAACCGCCAUCUGGUUAUGGACCGGAUCGUCGAAUGGGUGGAGGGUAUGGAUCUCCACUCCGUCGACCUGAUUCUGACAUUCAGAUGGCUGAUGGCUAUGAUGACAAAAGGAACUACGACCGAUCCCAUAUGGCCCGCGGACCCCCGCCCCCGCCGCAGCCCGUGAAUUUGGGAUGGGGUCAGAACAGAGUGCCACCAACCCGCAUGGACGACCAAGUCUGGUCUCUACGUCCCGCGAAGAGCCCGGAUAAUUCGUAUACAUACGGAAAUUUGGUAGCGGUAUCGCCUCGCGAUAUUCCUCCCUCCCGCGACGGUUCAGAUGUCCUCGUUCUCGUCAAUGAUAUGUUUGUCUUCUCUGCGCGACCCCUGGAUGGGUUUCCACUAGGGCAUAUUAGCAUGUCUGAUCCGCAAAGGACAUGGGCUCAAGUCGCUUUGACAGAUAUGGUCACCGUUCGGCGCUAUGACAUUUUUAGUGAAGGAGGACAAGCAUACCUUGCUUCCAUGGAUGUGGAAGUAGGUUUUGCUGGCAAAAAGAGGACAGAGACGCCAUAUGAUCAGGAUCAGCUGGCUGCGGUAGUCACCAGAAAUUUUGAAAACCAAAUCCUUGCACCUGGCCAAAAGAUCUUGAUGGAUGACAAGAGUAUCCCUCUACUAUUAACGGUUAAAACUGUCCAACUCGGGAACUUAGCUUCAGAGAAAUCGAAAUCCUCAUCGGCCCCGACAACGUCGGAUCCUCACGCGAGAGGAAUCCUAACUUCAUUUACUCUGAUCAACUUUUUCAAAGAUGCAAAGACAGGCAUCAACGUAAAGCCUUCCAACCGGAGACCUGCAGCAAAUUCAAUUAUUCAACCGGAUUUCAAAUUCGAAAACAUGGGUAUUGGUGGCCUAGAUAUGGAGUUCAGCACUAUCUUUCGGAGAGCUUUCGCUUCUCGCAUCUUCCCCCCCGGCCUUGUUGAGAAGCUGGGCAUUCAGCACGUCAAGGGGAUUUUGCUCUAUGGGCCUCCUGGAACGGGGAAAACUCUAAUUGCUAGACAAAUCGGCAAAAUGCUCAACGCAAGAGAGCCCAAGGUCAUUAACGGUCCCGAAGUUUUAAACAAAUAUGUCGGACAGUCCGAAGAAAAUAUUCGAAAACUGUUUGCGGACGCGGAAAAGGAGUACAAAGAAAAGGGGGAUGAGAGUGGGCUUCAUAUCAUUAUUUUUGACGAGCUGGAUGCUGUCUGUAAACAGCGCGGUAGCGGUGCUGGUGGCGGAACGGGUGUUGGUGACAGUGUUGUUAACCAGCUUCUGUCAAAGCUGGACGGUGUCGACCAAUUAAACAACAUCCUCCUCAUUGGUAUGACCAAUCGUAUGGAUAUGAUUGAUGACGCUUUGCUGCGGCCAGGUCGUCUGGAAGUUCAUAUGGAAAUUUCGUUGCCAGAUGAGCAUGGACGAGCACAAAUUUUGAAAAUCCACACGCAGAAGAUGAGAGAAAACGACGUGAUGGAUAGAGAUGUUGAUCUCCUGGAGCUGGCUCAGCUGACAAAGAACUUUUCAGGGGCUGAGAUUAGCGGUUUAGUUAAGUCAGCAUCGUCAUUCGCAUUCAACCGUCAUGUAAAGGUUGGCACCAUGGCCGGGAUCAGCGAUGAUAUUGUUAAUAUGAAGGUUAACCGCCAAGACUUUCACAAUGCUCUUGAGGAGGUGAAACCAGCGUUUGGUAUUUCUGAAGAAGAGCUUGAAAGUUGUCUCCACGGCGGCAUCAUAGAUUAUUCUCCAGAGAUCAAUAGUAUCCUAGGCGAAGGCAAGUUAUUUGUCAACCAGGUGCGCGAUCCUCAGUCAACAACCUCUCUCUUCUCAGUCCUCCUCCAUGGACCUCCAGGCAGUGGCAAGACAGCUUUAGCUGCCAAAAUCGCCAUUGACUCGGGUUUCCCCUUCGUCAAACUCAUCUCUCCUGAAGACAUGCUCGGGUACGGCGAGGCCGCGAAAGUUUUGCACAUGAGUAAGGUAUUCAUGGAUGCGUACAAGAGUCCUACCAGCGUCAUAGUGAUGGAUAACAUCGAGCGAAUCAUCGACUGGGUCCCCAUCGGCCCACGCUUCAGCAACACAGUCCUGCAAACGGUUAUGGUGCUAUUGAGAAAACAACCGCCAAAGGACCGUCGCCUGCUCAUCCUCGCUACGACCACCGAACGUUCCAUCCUGAAACAACUUGACGUUUUUAGCUCCUUCAAUUCCGAUAUCCGUGUCCCGAACGUGAAUACCUAUUCUGAACUGUCGUACAUCCUGAAAGAGACACAGGCGUUCUCUUCAGAGGAGAUAGACGGUGCUCUGGCGGAGCUGCGGGGAUUGACGCAGAGCGAGCGGAUUGGGGUUGGAAUUAAGAAGGUGCUCCUUGGGAUUGGCACGGCCAAACAGGAUACAGAUAGGGCAGGCCGAUUUGCCUCUGUUAUUGCGAGGGCAAUUGAUGAGCUGAACUGUGCGUGA